AUGUCUUGGACCCGUGAACAAGAUUGGGCCAAAUCGUCCUGGGCUAGUUCGUCUUGGGAAAAGAAAGGCUGGGAGUGCUAUGACACGAAUGCUAUUUCGGGCAAGAGAUUUUUUCGCAACAUCCAAUCCACACCCUGGUCUACCAAAGCUGGACUGGCUGGAAAAGAUGUGGCAGAUCUACGUGUUUCAGACCUGACGCGGAAAGGUCUCGAUGACUUCAGUCUCCGAUGUUUGUCCAACGGAGAAUUUCAGAGCCUGGUGUUCGUGAGGUCGAUUUCUGAAGCAGUUUUUGUGUCAAACUUGCUUCGUCACAUCCGGCAAGACCGCAUCGAUCUUGAUGCCGUGGCAGCAAAUAUGCACGGCCCGGCUCCGCCAGACAAGCAUAAAGAGUCAGCCAGAUUUAUGCAACCAUUGCUUGGCGAAAUUGUUUCAACAAUCAAAGCCAAUUCGCCUCCUCCGGCGGACUCCAGCCAGCAAUCGCCUGAGAGUGAACAGCUUGCUCGUGCGAAGCGCAAGCUGAAAGAAGCUGGAAUUGCUCUUACUUCGGAGAAGAAGCAGGCAAAAACCAGCCCGCUUCCCACCACUUCACCCUCACCUUCAGCUGAGCAGAUUUUGAAAGCGGAACUCAAGAAUCCGCCGAACUCUGUUCCGAGUUCCAGCUCACCUGAUGUCGUGGAGAAAUGGCUCAAGAAGCAUCAGAGCCAGUUUCGUGGUCAAGCUGCAGCUUUUAAGAAACAUGUGGCUGAUGUUUGCUCUGUGCUGAAAGAUUCAGCCACUGAUCGGCAAAGCGUGGCAGACCUUGCCGUCAAGUACGGCUUGAAGAAAAGCCAUGCAAGCAAGAUGUAUUGGGCGUCCCAUCUGAACCUCUUUCAGUUUGUACUUGUCCCGCUGGAAUGCUAUGAGAGCUACCAGCAAGCUUGGACCGUUGAGCACGAACUCAUCGCUCAAUGGCAGGAGUGCGAGAAGUGGUUAAAAGACCUCAUCCUGCGUUACAAGAAAUUUCUCCAUAAUUUCCGAUCUUGGGAAGAAACGAUGUGGGAACACGACUUCAAGUUGGAGUCGGUUCACUGUCCGUGUAAUCAGUUUGCAGGAAAACUUCCUGCUCAUUGCUUUGUGUCUGGCCAUGUAGCCACGGGUUUGGAGAACCUGACCAAGCUACUGCCAGACUGCAAGAGCAUCUUAUCGGCCAGUGCCGCGAGCACCUUUUUCCCUGGCCGCAAUCACUGGAUGGCCAAGUCCAGAGCUCUGUUUGAUCAGUGGCUCAAGAGACACAAGCUACCAGCGACGUUGCAUCCGAUUUUUCAAUCUUUUUGCGAUCACCAGUGGCAGCAACACGUUGCAGCCCUGGAACAAUCCGACAGACUACACUGGGCUUUGGUACAGAAGGUGAAGUCUGUUUUGCAUUCUGAUUUUGUUCUGUACAACGAAGAUCAUCAUCCGAAUCAUGUUGUAUGCUAUUGUCCUCGCUUCUUCCUUCGAGGAGUCAGCAACACAUGGAACGAUCCCGCAGUGUUUUGCACUCUUGAUGGUACGCCAGAAGAGUGGCGACAGCGCAUUUUGAAGCGCGUUCCGGGAGAUCUGUCCAGAAGAUAUGCCUGGGCUUUCACAGAAGCCGCUCCAUUGCCUCAGGGCACUGUGUUCCUGAAACGGAAAAAACAGUUUGCCAAGGGACGGACUAUUAUUUCGUAUUCCAAUUCUUUGUGCAGCAAACUGUUACAGCUGACUUCCAUUGCGUUAACCUUAAUGGUCAAGACGCUGUUUGCUGACAGCCCCGGCAUGCAGAGCAUGCCACAGCUAUGGAAGUCUCUUCACGCUUACUGGGCGAAGCCCAGCCAGGAAGAAAACGUCGAAUGGAACGACGAUCUUGUGGGAUUUUUCAACGCAGUUCCCCGAAAGGACAUUAUGCAUUCAGUCCGUCUGAUUGUCCAGGAAUAUUGCCAAAUUUCUGGCUGCUCGAUCCUUUCGAUCGACAUGUUGUCCAGAACGGGAUUGUGGAUCUAUCCUUCGCCACGGGAGUUUUUACUGCUGCUGGAAAGUGUCGCCAGCAAGUGGACCCCCUGGGGUGCUGCCUUCAAGCGGACCACAGGCCUCCUGUUACGAUCCAUACGACUCCGGAUGAAGCAAGUAGAGCUCGAUCGGUUUCGGUGCAUCCGCCACCUCGAGCUCCUCUUCCGAUUCAAUUCGCACCGGGAGAGCCGACUAGGUCUGCUCAUCCGAGCCGUGAUCGUCGUGAUCGCAGUCGUUCGAGACGACGACGGCGUCGACAUCAUCGGCAUGAACGUCAACCUGAGGGACCUCCCGCGGCCCCGGUUCGACCUGUUCUACCUCCCAAUCUGCCUCCAGUUCGACCACCAACAAGGUCUGCUAGUGCAGCUCCUCCGGUGCGUCCGCCUUUUCGUUCAGCCAGCUUUGACAACACGCCACCCCGGCCUAGACCCAGUUCUACUGAGCCGGACAUUUUGCGACCUCCCGGGCAAUGGUUGCCCAGUUUUUCUGCUGGCAAUCCGAGCCAAAGGUCCGAUUUCGAAUAACAAGGAGCCCUCCGUGACAGCUCUCUCAUCGGAGGCUCACAAGAACAUUUCGCCCAAGACGCCUCCUAAGCACCCGGCUCCAAAGAGCCCAGUUCAUCCUGCUCAGCCCGUUUCGAUUUCGGUUGAUGAUGAGCAGUUAUUUCAAGCAACUCAUCGCAGCAGCUACGAACAACUGCGCGAGCAAAUCACAGCUCGAGCCAAAGGCCGCAAUGCUGUGGAUUUCUACGAGGAAGGAAUGAGCCCUCUCUUGGCGUAUAUGUUCUUUGUUGUGCAUUAUCAUGAGAAUUUUCUCACGACUGAAGGCCUACAUACGUGGCCUAUUAUCCCGCAUUCUCAUAUGCGACGAUUUACGGAUCGCAUUACAUUUACUCGGCAACGUUCACUGCCUGUUUCCAAGAUCCUCAAAGAGGAUGUCGAGGAAGUGCUGCGAUUUUUGUUGACCCGGUUUGGCCAGGCCGAUCGACCUUUUCUGCCUGUGAUUCCCAUUGGCCAACGGGAGGUUGUCACUCUUGCCCGGUCCAUUUUGGCCAGCAAGAUACCAUACAAAACAAUAUUUCAGCAUGAUGCCAAGGCGUAUGCCAUGCCUCAGGAAGCGUUGCAUGUUUGGGAGUUUCCAGUGGCACAUAUGCCAGGACCUGAAGAGCAGACCAACUGCUAUUAUCUUUGGGGACACGGGACCACAGCCGAAGGCCUGGUCGGCAUCCUCACGCUGGGCAGAGUUAUUCGCUCUAGCGCUGAAGCUGUACAUGUUGCGCCGCACGAUCAUGUGUGCUCCUUUUAUGGCAAGGCCACACAAAGCGUGCAUUAUGAAGAGAGCAAAUUAGACUUCGUGUCGAAAUUGCACCACUCCACGAAGAAUUCCGCUGGAGUGGUCGUUGGAGGAUAUCUUGGAUCUGCGCAUCACAAAUCCAAAUCCUCCAGCACUGUGCAUGAAGGACAUUUGUGCAAAUUCCACGCGCUAGUGCACUCCCCCUCGGGAGAUAAGCGCUGGGCGGUGCGGGACGCCGCCGGACGCAUUGACAAAAUCUGGAUUUUGUCAAGCACCCACUCCAUUUCUUUGCCGAUGUCCACCCCCAACAACCCCAGGCCCAUUACUUUUGAAACGGGGGAAGGGCAGGAUUGGGGAGUCAGCUGGCCUGGCUUGGAGUACUCUGUACGAAACACCAGAGCUUUGCCGGAUUCCGAUGUACAGAAUGAGGCCUAA